GAAGACGGCAAAGCGAAAUUUGAAAGAAAAGUGUUUUAUUGCGAAGUUUGUAAAGUUUCUUGUGUGAGUUCUAUAAGUCUCCAGUCACACUAUCGUGGUACGAAGCAUAGAAAGAAAGAGAAAACCCUGAGACCCAAGACUGUCUAUUCCUGUUCUCCCAAGAAACAAGGCUUACGUUCCGGCUUUGUCAUCUGUUCCCCAGUAUCUUUUGAACCUCGCAAUCUUUUUGAACCAAGUUGAUCAAGGGUGCCUGAAAAUACACAUCUGCACAGAGAAGAGUGAUGGUGUCAGUCCUGUACUGAGGGAGGUGCUGCAGCCUGAGCUGGACCCUGAAGAAUCAACACACAAGAAAGAUAGAUAAAAGCAUUGGUCAGAGACAACCCUCUAAGAAACUGGACUUCGUUAUCUGCUCUCAUGGUUUUGUGUUGAUAAGAAAAUUAGUGUAAGACAUGUCAUUCAAGCUUGUGAACAAUUAUGAGAUUUUGCCUUCAGCAGACAUGACUAUCACAUGCAGAUCUUCUCUUUUUAGAAAUACUGGUAAUGGAGCUCCUUGAAAGAAUUUGAAUAAAUUGUGAAAACUUACAGGUCUCCUCAAAAUCCAAAGGAUUCAAGCACUCCAAAAUGAUAUUUGUACCUCAGCAACAAGAACAGAUCCAUGUGGCUAUGGGCAAGGGGUUUUAGUGAAAGACACUUUCUACAGAUUUCUUUUAAUUUCUUGUAAAAAAUGAUCAUUAAAAGUAAUACUCAGUAGCUGAAGAGGUUCUUUCUUCAAGAUCAUAAAAUCCUGUUUUGGAGGAAUAAUGUAAAGGAUGCAUGGGACAGAAAGUGAGACUUGACUAAGGUGAAAGAAGGUGUGGCAACAAAACUAUGAAAAGAAUGGUGGGAUGCAGGAGCCUGUUGCAAAUACCUACGUCUUAAGAAAACAGUCCUGUGUGUACUGCAAGCUCAGUGUCCCAUGGAGAAUUUGGGUCAAGAAUGUGUGCACGCUACAAACACUGUAUCUUUGGAAAUGUCAUGACUUGGAAUCUUUUAACUGUGAUGUAUCUUACAGAACGAGAAGGGAGAAAUUAAAAUAUCUGAUUAUUAAAGUGAAGAAUCUAGAUGUGAACCUUUGGUUAACAAGUCAGCUCUAACUUCUGGAGGAGUCCUGGCAUCACAGGGUACCACAUGUCAGAAGCACUGCAAGGUGUGCUUUGUCUCUGCCUCAGCAAUCAUUUGGAAGCAAUCAGAAACUUCUGCUUCUAAUACAAACUGAUUAUUCAUACUAUUGAUGUCUCCUUUAUCCUACUCUACCAGUACUGCAUUUUGCUUCACUGAAGAUCAAGUUGUGGGAGGCCAGUUUGCAAGCCACUGGUCCUGCAGCUCCAGUCCAAACUCCGAUGAAGUAUGAAGCACAGAGACCAGUGAAGAGAGGACUUACAAAGUACAUAACCUGUCUGAAGGAUUUUAUGAAUGAUCCCAAAAGAGAAGAACCUCUAGUUGGUUUAGAACAUGUGGUUGAAAUCAGAUUUGAAGGAAGAAAAGAGCCGCGUUAUGAGUGCAAGCUGUGUGAGCUUAAUACAGAGAUGGCACCCAUGAUAGAACAUCUUAGUGGAUAUAAACACAGAAGAGCAUACAUUUCUAAAGAAUUUCCAGAUAAAAUUAAGAGAAAGACAACAGAUGUAAAAGAAUGCAAAAUCUCAUUUCUCAAACGGAUAGCAGGAGAGCUAGAGAAGACUGAAGGAUUAAAAAUGUAUCAGAUUGAAGGUUACAUAAGACCAAGUACCUCACCCCCAUCAAAGAAGAAAGCAAGGUGGGAAGAUGAUUAUAAGCAUGAGAAUGAUCCUGUUCGGAAACAAAAAGCUCUAGAGUUCUUGGAGACUUUUCACAUCACCUCAGACUCAGAAGCAACACUUGUUGUUCGCAUUACACAGGAACUCACAGAGGCUUUGAAGGCCUUUUGUGAAAAGAAAGCAGCAGUUAAUUAUGCUAAUAGCCUGAGGCCACUGAUGUCAAUCUCUCAAGAUGAAUUUCCAGAAAGGAAAAGCAUCCCAAAACACUAUAAGCCAUAUGGAAAAUACAAAGGAAGUUCUAACUGGAAUCAAGGUUUUUUGUCUCAGUAUGAAGAGUACUCUGCAGAUGCUUCUUUCGCUCCUGCUCACUUAUACAGUUACCAAACAGAUGAUGGAUCAUCUUCCUGCCAUCUGACAUCUAAUGACUUUGCAAUGAUGUCUGCACUUAGGGACUCUUCUGCUCUUCAGACUGGAAGUCCUGGCAGUGGUGUCAGUGAAUGGCUGGGACAGUUCAGCCGAUCUGCAUCUGGCAGUAAUUCAGCUGGUGGGGCCUCUUCCUAUGAGACAAGCCCACUGAGGGAGUACUCAGCAGAAUGUAUGUCCAGAGAUGUGCAAGGAAGUAAACUCUGUGAUAACAGGCUCUCAUAUGGCAGGGAAAAUACAAAAUGGAGGAAUCAACAAACAUGUACAAAAGCAUGGACUGUAAGUGAUCAAGGAUUAUCCUAUCCCAGUUCUACAGCCUCGUAUCCUUCAUCUGGAAGAUACUCCACAAACGAUCCAUUACAAAGCUAUUCCUCUUACAAGAAUGACGAGUCUGUGAAUACUUGUACAUCUUCCGUAAGUUCUGCUGUUUCAGGAAGAGGUGUCUCCAGGUGGCACCAGGACACCAGGUGGAAUGAGCGGAAUGAGGACUCUAGGUGGAACCAGGAGCUCUAGCUGGAACCAGGAAUCUAGCUGGAACUGGGAAUCUAGUUGUCAAGGAUUCAGGCAUCAGAAAGCAGGUUACAAGAGUGACUGGACUUCACAUCAGGACUCAUUUUCUGGCAGUGGUUCAUACAGAGAUUACCAGCAGUUCAGAAGCUCAGAUAAGAUGUUUGACGAAGAUGAUGUUGGUCUUGCUUCCAACACUGUGAACAGACUACAAGGAAAGGAUAUACCUACAAUGACCAGGAUGCUCAAACAGUUGGCUCCGUAUUAUCCAGUACUUCAGAAACUAAAUAUUCAGACAUUAGUCAACGUGCUAGUAGAAACUAGAGGAAAAGACUGAGGAGCCACAACAGCUGAACUGGAAACAGAUGAAGAGAUUCAAGAGUCUCCAUCUCUUGCCUUUCAGGAAAGAGACUGCAUUUAAUUCUGCAUUUAACUGGUUUUGGAAGGGUAAAGGGAGGUAGGGUUUAAUUUUUUAACAUGUAAAAUAUAGCUGGAACACAAACUUGCACAUAACGGAUGAACAUACUAUUUUGUUUAGGCUUUUUGUAAUGUAUUUGUUACAUCUUAGUAUAUUACAGAAAAAAUCUUUUGUUAUUUUUUUAAAAUAUGUUAAAGUUAUUCCAUCAGCAAAAAGACCUUUUAAACCUUUUAACACCCUUCCCAAUUCAGAAAAAAAAAGAAGUUUUACGUUACCUACUUGAGAAGAAUAUUAAAAAAUACAGGUUUACUUUUCUUCACACAAACGUAAGGCCAAUUCUAUUAAUUUGAGGCUUUAUAAUUGGCAUAUUUUUAGAAAGUGAUACACUGCAUUUCUGUUUAGACAAGGAAAGAAUGUCACAGCAAAGGAAUUUUGUCUUAAUGUGAUGCCAUAUGAGGAAAAUAUAAUCUAUUCUAGGACUGUUACGUAAUAUGGCCUAUUACUUUCAUUUUUGCAUAGUAUAAAGAGGUUUGAAAUAUAUGCAGAUUUUAUUAUAUUGUUCAGAAUGAAAUUGUUAUAAAUUUACUUAAAAACUCAUUUGAUGGAUUGACCCAUCCUAAAAUAAAAAAUCUUGGUCCUUUCUACUGGCAAAAGCUUAUCAAGAAAUAGUAGAAUCCAUAAGGCACUCAGAUAAAAUAACAGGAAAAAAUAGAUAAUCAAAAUGUCCUACUAACUGAGGAAUGCUUACCAGUUCAUGAUGUUUAUCAAUGGUCUGUGGGUUUUUUUUCUUUUCCUCACACUUCUGGGCCACAUGUUGAUGAAUUCCUGGCUUUGGAUGUCUGCCUUAUGUAAUUAAAACCACCUUACAUGGAGCUGACAUAAAAAAGUAAAGUGAGACAGUUUACAUCCCCAGUGUCCAUUUUCCUUCUCACUGCUGUGUUGUGGACUAUCAUUUUUCUUCUCACCCAUACCUGAACUGUGUCUCUGAGCAUUAAAUACUUGUGCUGAAACAG